AUGUAUGUAAGCUAUAAAAAGAAUGAUGGUACACAAGUUAAAGUUCCAUUAGACAACAACUGCUACUUAAACUUAUAUGGAGACGAACAAAAGAAAUAUUUAAGAGUUUAUGAAAUGGUGGAUAUGACAUUGCCUGACCCAGCUCCAGCACCAUAUUAUUAUGACUAUGGAGAUGACGACAGAACACCACAUGUAGAUGAACAAAAGCUAACAUUAUAUUUAGAUUAUUAUAGAUAUAAAAGAUAUAAUGCAAUAGAAAAAACGAGAAUAGUAUAUUAUUAUACAGAUGACAGAAAUAAAUAUUAUAGUCAAGAUUUUACCUACCCUGAAAACAUAAGAUUAUAUUAUAAAAAAUAUUCUGACACAAACCAGAAGAAACCUGAAAUAGUUGCACUAUAUUUUAAGUUCAAAAGAGACAAUCCUAUAAUAUCUCAUAUGUUUGAUUUAAUGAACCCAGUAGGUUCUAUUUAG